CGUAAAUAUGACCACAUGGCACUGAUCCCGGCCCUCUCCCAGGCCCUAUAUAAACGGAGCAUAAGACCCGUUUUAGUUUAUUACGUCCCAUCCGACGGCGUAGGCAGAGCUCCCCGAAGAACGAAAUCUUGGAGGAUGUUGCCGUGUCUGCCUUUGCUCCUGCUGGUCACCCUGGCGGCGAGCAACGUUAUGAAGAGCCCGGAGGACCUAGAGAGGGAGAUGUUUCCUCCGGUUAACCCAAAUUGUACUCAGAGUCUUACAGACUACAUUCUGUUGAGACAAGAGAUUCAGCUAUCCAAGAUGGCCGCCGCUGAGGAGGCUAGGACUCAGCUGAUGAGGGAGAACUUGCAGGUGCUAACACAGGUCAGAGACACCUUGUCCCAGGUCAGCGAGACUUUGACUCAGCGCAGCCAGGUCAAUGGAAAGUCCCUUGUAGAAACUCGUAAAUAUCUUUUGUUUCUUUGCGUUUACUAAAACUAAAUAUUUUAUAAGA